AUGUCUCCUGCCACUACCACAGAACAGCUCUCUGUUCAGACGCCGCCCCGGCCCCCGACACCUGAGCACCGUUUCGGUACCCUGGCGGUCCACGCUGGCUCCCCUCACGACCCCUCCACCGGCGCCGUCAUUGAGCCUAUCUCGCUUUCCACCACCUUUGCUCAGACCGCCGUCGGCAAGCCCGUCGGCGUUUUUGAGUACUCUCGCUCGGCUAAUCCCAACCGCACCAACUUUGAGACAGCUGUCGCCGCCCUCGAGCACGCCCGCUACGCCCUCGCCUACUCCUCUGGCUCCGCGGCCACCGCCAACAUCCUCCAGAGCCUCGCCGCCGGCUCCCAUGUCAUCUCCGUCUCCGACGUCUACGGCGGCACCCACCGCUACUUCACCCAGGUCGCCAAGGCCCACGGUGUCAAGGUCACUUUCACCCCCGAAAUUGAGGUCGACAUUGCCGAGCACAUCAACGACAACACCCGCCUCAUCUGGAUCGAGAGCCCCAGCAACCCGACUCUGCGCCUGGUCGACAUCCGCCAGGUCGUCGACGUUGCCCACCGCCACGGUAUUCUGGUUGUUGUCGACAACACCUUCCUGUCCCCGUACGUCCAGAACCCGCUGGAUCUCGGCGCCGACAUUGUCGUGCACUCCGUCACCAAGUACAUCAAUGGCCACAGUGAUGUUGUCAUGGGCGUCGCCGCCUUCAACUCGGAUGAUCUAUACAAGCGCCUGAGCUUCCUACAAAACGCCAUUGGCGCUGUCCCCUCGGCCUUUGACGCGUGGCUUGCCCACCGCGGUCUCAAGACGCUGCACCUGCGAGCCCGUGAGGCUACCCACAACGCGACCACCGUCGCCACCGCCCUCGAGGCCUCGCCCAACGUCGUCGCCGUCAACUACCCCGGUCUGGAGUCCCACCCGCACCGCGCCAUUGCCAAAAAGCAGCACCGCAACGGUAUGGGCGGCGGCAUGCUCUCGUUCCGCAUCAAGGGUGGCCACGCCGCCGCCGAGCGCUUCUGCUCUCUUACCAAGAUCUUUACGCUAGCCGAGUCCCUCGGUGGUGUCGAGUCGCUGGUCGAGCUCCCCAGCAGCAUGACCCACGCCGGCAUCCCCAAGGAGCAGCGCGAGGCUGUAGGCGUCUUCGACGACCUCGUCCGCAUCAGCUGCGGUGUUGAGGAUGCCGAAGACCUCAAGAACGACGUCCUCCAAGCUCUCGAGGCUGCCGUGUCAGGCUCCAAGAACUAA